AUGAAUCAAAUGAAUCUAGUUUUUAAUCUUCCAUCAAAACAAGAACAUUUACAGACUAUUAGUUCAGCAGAGCUAGUAUCAGGAAAUGUCCCGGCCAUAACUCGUUCAUUCAUUUCUGAUUCUAGUUCCACAAUCUUCCGUAAUCAAAUUUUUAGACAGAACUACGGGCAAAUCGCUUCUAAUAUAGGAAUAGAUACAGUUCUGUCUUUAUUUGAAGAAACCAAAAAUCAAAAUACAAAUACGCGAAACAAUACUUUUCAUAACCGACCAGUUUUUGUUACAAGUUUUAUCUUUCAUCCACCAGAAGAUAUAUUAAACACAGAAUUACCAAAAUGCCUCGAACUAAUUCAUGAAGUUCAGAAUCUAUUUUUGAAUUUCGAUAUUAACAGCAAAGAACAGACAUUAAAACUUGUAGAUUUCAUCGAAAAUCACAUUUGUACUGGUUUAAGAGAACUUUCAAUAAAUAUCUUUCUUAGACCGCAAAAAGUCAAAGAUUACGUUCAUUUAUACACAUUAUUAUCAAAAAAUGUUAAGAUUAUUGCAUGCCAAUACCUUGUUUGCACUCCAAUUUUUUCACAUUAUUUAAUUCAAGAAAAAAUUUGUUCUGAAUUUGAAGCAAAACAAUUCUUAAUAACCAACAACGGUUUUUGUAACUACUUAUUACAGAUUUCAAAUCUUGUUGAUCGAUAUAAUUCCAUGAAUUAUGAAAAAAAUAAGAUCGAGAUCAUUGAAGCAUUCAUUGAUGAUAAUUUAGAUAAAUUCAUUGAAAUUACAUCAAAAACAAAUCUCUCAGAAAGCAAAGAAUUACCAUUUUUAACUGAAUUGUCAGCAUUAUAUGGUGCAGUUAACUGUUUCAAGUAUUUGUUAGUUCAUGAACCCAAUUUGAGUGAUAUUUGCAAUUUUGCCAUUAUUGGUGGUAACAAGGAAAUUAUACGACUUCUUAUACAAAAAGAAUUCAAUUUCAGAGAAUCUUCAGUUGCUGCAUUAUAUUUCCGUCGUGAUGACUUAUUUGACUGGAUCCAAUCAGAAACAAAAGCUGAAGAUACACAAGAAAAUAGAAAUCAUAUUGAGUAUGCAAUUACUGAUACUCUUUCGAUUCAAGCAAUUUAUUCAUUAACCAAGAAAAAUCGACUCAUCUAUACAAAUGAUUGGUUAUCAGUUUUUUCAUUAGAUGAUUUAAUUGAACCAGUCAAAGAACUGUCAAAGAGCUGCAUGUUUUUGGGCUCAUUAUUUUUCAAAGUUACAAAUAAUGAGAUCAUUAAUAAUUUUCUUGAUAAUGCACAAACUUCUUACAUCAUAAAACUUCUUAGAUAUGCAAUAAAGAAUGGUUAUUCAUUACAUAUCCGUGCUAUAGUUAGUCAUCCGAAAUUUGUACGUAUUUACCAGACUAAUCCAAAAAUUUUUGAUGAAAUUAAGAAGGAAAAUCCAGAAAUUUUUGAUGAAAUCCAAAAUCAAUUACAAAAUGAUGAUGAUCUUGAUAGAAAUUAUCAUAAUUUCAUUAAUGGAAUCAUAAUUAAUUAUUCAAUUGUCUUUGAUUUAAUGAAGUACUCAAUGAAGAUGAAUGAUCUGCAAACAUUUAUAAAUCUUGAUUUUAUCAAUAAAAUCAUUGGAAUGGAAGUCACAAAAGAAUUUUAUGAUAAAAUCCUCCAAUUGUACAUCAUCAUGUUCAAACCAAUUAACAGAGAAAGAUUGAGGAAGAAUUCCAAUUCGAAACUGAAUGAAUUUCCAGAAGAAAUGAUUAAACUUCACAGCGAUUUUCUUGAUUUUCUCACAGAUCCUGUCAACAAGAAACAUAUUGACAUAAAAGAACUUUCUAAGAUAAAAUUCAAUUUAGAUUUCAUCAGACAUCUCGAAUUUUCAUCCGAAGAAAUUCAAUUUUUAAUGAAAUCUUCAAUAAAUAUAUCUGAUUUGAUAUUCAACCCAGUUAAUACAAGAUUCUUUUCAAUUGAAAAAAUUAUUAAAUAUGGUAAUAUGGAUACAAUAAUCUAUGCAAUAUUAAACAAUCCACUGAGUCAAGAAGAUAUUAGAUUUAUAGAAAGUUACAUCACUCAAAAUGAUAUUGAUAGAGAUAAAACUAUUGUCAGGAAAUUUUUCAGAAGAGAUGAAAUCUGCAACAAUUUUGAUAUACUAGGACAUUAUAUGAUGUUUUCAUAA